GACACCUAGGCAGCCUGAAACACGCCCCAAAAAAAUUCUAGGAUUCACAAAACCCCCACAGCUUACAGUGAACGCCAUUGCCGUCACGCCCGCGCAGGAAUUGCAGGCAUUCCUCUAGACGAUGAGUGGCGUCGCCGCCGCCCAUGCGAAUAAACAUUCAGCAAUGCUCUCGGCCCACGGUAUCGACAACAUAUCCAAACCUCCUCCAUCACUUAUAAAUGUUUUCGAUGUACUCCUCUUGUCCCCGCAGGACCACAGAUCCAUACGUGUCUCAACGCGCGUCACACCAUUAGAUUUCAGUACCUCCCUCAUCGGCUCGCGUGAUCCCGUAGCCAUCGUAUCUGCAUCAGUCGACUCCUUAGCACGGCGAAAUGCUAUCGCGCUUACGAACGAGAGCACGCGUUCAAAGGAACUCAAGUCUGAAAUACGCCGUUCAUGGCAUACGAUGAUUUACGAGCGUGCAAUGGUCGCGCCCCUAGAGAAUAUAGGAAUCCAGACGGCGAAGUAUUUCAAUGUGGCCGGUCUGGGACUUUUGAUUUUUGAUUAUUUCUUAACGCUCGAACCUGAAAUUCGAUGGACAUGGAAUAGGCGCUGGAACGUCACUCGUAUUCUCUUUGUAAUUUCACGCUAUAUGGCCUUUGUAGCAGCUGCCAUGACUUCAUACGCUGUCCUUGCUACACGAGCGAACGAGAAUUGCUCGCGCUUCGGCUCGGCUUCAAAUGCAAUUCAUAUCAUCAGUAUUGUAGCUGCUGAAGGUCUUCUGAUUAUUCGUACAUAUGCUUUCUGGAAACAGAGCAAGAAGCUUUUGGCAGUGUUACUGGUCUUGGCAGCAAUUUGCAUUGCGUGUGGUGUCGGUCUCACAGAUUUUGUCGGUGGCCUACUAGCGGUGCCCGUAAACCCUUCAGCUCCCCCUACAAGCAACUGCACUUUUCAAGCGGGUCGGAGCAGUGCCAUUCAAUAUGGCUUUCUCGCGGCCUACGAAAUAUUGCUGUUGUCUUUAAUGGUGUUCAAGAGAUAUGAGGACUACAGAGAUUCUGACAGUCAUCUGGUGAGAGUAGUGUUCCAGGGCGGAGUGUGGUAUCUGGCUCCCAUCAUUGCUGUUUCUGUGGCCAAUGCACUAAUUACAGUUCUGGUGCCGCAAUCAUACAACGAGAUGCUGGACUUACCACAACUUGUCCUCCACAGUAUCUUGGCGUCCCGUGUGCUGUUCAGUCUGCGUAAAUGUGACGAGGAAAUCGAUGGGACAACAUUACAGAUGUCGACAUUUCGUCCACUUUAUCACAGUGGCCGUAUGCCCAGUAAGGACGUAUACGCAGUAUAA